AUGGAGAACGAAAAACCAUCUUCGAUACACAUCGAGAAUGUACACAACAUUAGCAACGCGGAUACCUCAGACCAUGACGCAAGCUCUGAAGAGGAAGACGUAAACGAAGAAAUUGUCCGGCAUCUACAAACUACUGGAGAAGAUGUAGGCUUCACAUUCAACACCCUCAUGGCUGCCAUCUCAAUGGCAAUGUGCUACAACGCCUACCUCUUCACCCUCCUCAUCCCUCCCGCCAUUCUCACCUACAUCAACACCGACCUUGGCCCCGACCCGCGCUACACCUGGAUAACAAUAUCCUGGAACCUCGGAGGCGCCAUGUUCGUCACAGUCGGCGGCCGCCUCUCCGACAUCUUCGGGCGCCGCUACUUCUUCAUCGCGGGCGCCAUCAUCCUCAUCAUCGGCAGUAUCGUCAGUGCAACAGGCCAGAGCAUCAACCAGAUGAUUGCCGGGGGUGCGUUGUUUGGCUGCGGCUCCGGGUUUCUAGAGAUGGCGUUUGGAGCAGUGCAGGAGAUUGUGCCGAGUGCGUACCGGCAUGUUACAAUUGGGCUAUUUGAUGCUGCGUCGAUUGUGGCACAGGUUAUGCCGUUGGUGAGUUGGGUUAUCAUUAAAGAGACGGGGAAUUGGCGGAUUUGUUACUAUGUUAUGAUUGCUUUCCAAGUUGUUAAUCUUGGUCUGCUGGUCUUAUUCUAUAAUCCGCCGUCUUGGGAGCAGAAGAGGAGUGAGCAUGGUAAGUCGGCCGGUCAGCUUCUCAGGGAGUUUGACUGGCUAGGCUUACUCUUAUUCCUUGCUGGAUGUACUUUGUUUAUUGUUGGGGUGAGUUGGGGUGGUUCAAUGGCUCCGUGGGUGUCCGCAACUGUCCUCGCUCCUAUCAUCAUUGGCCUACUUACGCUGAUCGGACUGGGAUUCUAUGAGGCUUACUAUACCCUUUCUGCGCCUCUAUUCCCGCCUCGCCUCUUUAGAGCUUUGAGACAUUUUACCGUUCCCAUGCUGGUCAUGGCCAUCGGUGGGAUGCAGUACUAUUCGAACGCGACGCUGUGGCCCCGUCUCUCGCAGCUCAUUUACGCAACCGACGAGAUCUCAAAGGGUUUAUACGCAGAAGUCCUCCCAUUAGGAACUAUCAUUGGCGGCAUCAUUGUGGCUUUCAGCAAGUACAUCGGCCAUCAACGUUGGGUCAUUAUGUUUGCCGUCGCUUUGCAAACCGCUUGUGUUGGAGCCAUGUCAACCUCCACGAUGGAUAACCCCGUCAAAUCGAUCGUUCUCACUGUCAUCAUCUCAACAUGCACUUCAGUCAACUUACUGAAUGGCAUGGUUCUGGUUGGAUUUGGGAUCGUUUAUCAAGAAGACAUAGGCACUGCAGCUGGCCUGGCGGGUACUUCGCGCCUCCUCGCUGGUGCAGUUGCGACCGCCAUUUUCGGAAACGUUACCAACAACAAAUAUGGAGACAUACUACCUGAGCGUGUCCGCUCCAAUCUAGCUCCUUUCGACCUCCCUUCUGAUAUUAUUACUAGGCUCAUCGCAGCUGCGAGAGCAAAUAGCGCUGCUACAUACGCGGCGAUUCCAGGUAUUACACCUGACAUUCAAGCUGCAGCUAGAUUGGGCAACAAGCAAGCCUACCUGGAGGGGGCGCAUCUUUCUUGUCUAGUUGCGCUGGCUUUCGGACUAUUGGGCGUUAUAGCAGCUUUCUUUAUUCCGAGUGUGGAUAGGAGAAAGUACACAAGCAAGACCGUCGCAGUCCAGGAAUUGGAUCGGAAAGCGCUGCAAGAAAAGAUGUCAGUGAAACCUGCGGUAGCUUAG